UACUUCCCCAACGUCAGUGCGGCCUUCUUAUUAUAUUCUCCAUGGUUGCCAGUUAUUGUUGAUCUUUCAUGUAUAAUGGCUUCUACAUCAGUUCAUCCUGAGAAAGAAUUAGAUUUAAGUAAUGCAAAUCGUGGUGUAUGGCUUGUUAAAGUUCCAAAAUAUAUAGCAAAUAAAUGGGAGAAAGCUCCAGGAAAUAUUGAAGUUGGGAAACUCAAAAUUAACAAAAAUCCCGGACACAAAGCAGAAGUAACUUUAAGUUUAUCAGAAUCAGUGCUAGCUUUAAAAGAGCCUGAUGAAGAAGAUAUACCAAAACAUCAUAAACUAGACGUUACCACUGUGAUGCAUCAAAUGCUUGGAGUAUUUUCACACGUAACACUGCCAGACACUGAAAAAAUGUGCAUGGAAGGAAGGAUUGUACAAAAGUUAGAAUGCCGCCCUUACGCUGAUGAUACUUACAUGAAAUUAAAGUUGGAGAGUAUUAAAAAGGCUGCAGUACCAGUGAGGCAAAUUCAACAGCUGGAUAAAGUCGUACAAAAUUUUAAACCUGUUUCAGAUCACAAACAUAAUAUUGAAUAUGCUGAAAAGAAAAAAGCUGAAGGCAAGAAAAUGCGAGAUGAUAAAGAUGCUGUAUUAGAUAUGUUAUUCGCAGCAUUUGAAAAACAUCAAUAUUAUAAUAUUAGGGAUUUAGUGAAAAUUACUAGACAACCAAUUGUGUAUUUAAAAGAAAUUUUAAAUGAUGUAUGCAAUUAUAAUUUAAAAAAUCCGCACAGAAACAUGUGGGAGUUGAAACCAGAGUAUAGGCACUAUAAGGAAGACAAAUCAACAUUACCUGAAAAAGCAUCAGAGUAUUCGGACGAUUCAAGUUCACAUUGAUAUGUUAACAUUUCGAUGAGGGUUGGAACGUCUUUUAAUUUUGGAGUUAAUCCAGCUCGAACGACAUUAUCUGAACAAGCCAUACAUUCAAUACAAUCUGGAAUAAUU